CUUUGUAGUAAAAAUUUAGUUCAAAGAUAUAUUUGGGUUUAUAUGAGAGACUUGGUAGUUAUUUCUGUUAUAAGGUCAAAAGUUGAAAAUUCUCACGUUUAUAAAGACCACAUGUCUCUUUAGUCUUAACAAACUAAGUAGAAAAAUCAACCACUGAAGUUAGAGACUAAGAAAUCCAAGAAAAAUCAUCAAUGGCGAAUCGAAACAAGAGAAAUAUUUUGUAUCUUCCAAUCCAUUCUCACAUGUUAGAAAUGAAGCAACUCAUUCAAACCAUGUUAGAAGAUGUGAAUAGUUUGAAGAAACUGGUCAAAGAUAUGAUAAUUGAUCAUGAUUAUGUCAAUCCUUUCAAGUCUACAUUCGUACAAAUUAAGGCGAAUCUAAGAGAUUUCGACAAAAAUUGUUUCGAGUUCAAGAAAGAAGAGAUUCAAAGAUUUUUUUCUCUAAAGAUCAAAGAAAUGAGAAAGAAAUUGAUUGGAAGUGUUGAGAUAAAAGAGAAAGUUAAGACACAUUGGGUGCGAAAUCGCGGUAUUGAACUCUCUCAUUGCCUAAUCAAAUUCUUGUGGUUGGAAUUGUUAAUGAAUCAAGAUCAAGAUUCAAUUUUUCAGAAUAUAGAUUCUUUGUUGGAACAAGUAAGUAUUUUUAGAGAGAAUCAUCAUCAUGAGAAUGAAGAAUCUUAUUCUUUAACCAAUGAUUUUUUCAUGUCUGCAUUGAUAAUAGGAAUGUUAAAUUUUGAUAAAAAGAAGAAGAAUGAGAUUGAGAUAUCAUAUGAGAAAAGUGAAAUUGAUCAAUUAUUACUUGGUUUAAUUUUGAAUGAAAUUUUGAGUCUUGAAGUUGUUUUCAAUUACCCAAGUUUAUAUCCGGUGGUAUUUUUGCAAAGCUCAACAUUUGAUGGUAUUUUUAAAAAGAUUAAUAAAAUCAAUGCAAAUUUUGUGCAUGUACAAGAUGUAAAUGUCAUGUCAUAUAAAAAAUUGGGUUCUCAAAUUGAGAAAUUGUGGGAGAAUCUAGAGCUUCCAAGAACUGAAUCGAUGGCUAUUGGAAAUGGUGAAAGCAUAUUUGAGAUAAAAAUGAAGUUGUUAAGGUUGAAUUACAUCAUUGAUAUAAUGGAAAAGGAUAUCAAAGGUGUUAAGAUGCUUGAAGAACACAUAUUACUUGUUGAGGAAGUUGAGGUUUUUGAGGCUGAAAUUGGAAGACUAGAGAAACAUGUGGAAAAUCUUAAACAGAAAGUUGAAGAUUUUGGUGUGUUGAUGGAGUGUGAUAUGUCACCAUAGCUAUUAUAUGUUUUAUUAGAUCUUUUGGAUUAUGAUGAUGUUUAUUAGUGACUAAGUUGUUGUCUUGGAUUGUGAUCUUUUGAAAUGAAGAGAUUGUUUUUUUGGUCAAUUUA